GCAAGAAGUCUUUUUUUUACCUUUUUUAAGCUCCACGAAGGUGUCUUUUUUUUUUGGCUCUAACCUUGGCGUUGUGCCCUCGCGUAUGUCGCCGGGGCGCCUGCACCUCUGCAGCCUUCCGAUUUUCACUUUUUCUCACGCAUCUCGUCACCCUUGUUUGGAAUUUCGCUAUAACUUCGGCCCCAUUCUUCUUUCUUUAUCUUUACAGCGCAUCCCCCCAUAACAACCAUCUAUACAAUGAGAAGCAUCAAGUGUGUCGUCGUCGGCGACGGUGGGGUCGGGAAGACCUGUUUGUUGAUCAGCUAUACCCAAAACUCGUUCCCUCACGACUAUAUUCCAACCGUGUUUGACCACUACUCCGCCAAUGUCAUGAUUGACGGUGAGGCCGUCAAGUUGGGUUUGUGGGAUACCGCUGGUCAGUCCGAAUACGAUAGAUUGAGACCGCUCUCGUAUCCCCAGACCGAGAUCUUCUUGCUCUGUUUCUCCGUCAUGGACCCAAAGUCCUACGAGGACAUCAAGUUGAAGUGGUACCCGGAGAUCUUGCAUCACAGUCCGAAGGACAUCUUGACCUUGUUGGUCGGGACCAAAAUCGAUUUAAGGGAGGACCCGCACCACUUGGACGAGUUGACGGAGAAGGGAUUGCACCCAAUCUCGCAUCUCCAGGGCUCCAAGAUGGCCAAGGAGUUGAGCUGUGUAGACUACAUGGAAUGCUCCGCCGCCACCCAGACCGGUGUCAAGGAGAUCUUUGACAUUGCCAUCAGGGCUGUCAUAACCCCUCCAAAGGGCGAAGAAGCUGUUGCCCCGUCCCCUGCUAUCAAGGCCGCCACCAAUAACUCCAAGGCUGGUUCUAUUCCGGUCUCCAGAGCCAGACCUAAGAAGGCCUCCAAGAAGUGUACCAUUUUGUAAGAACCGUCAAUAACUCGACCUUCUAUGUGUCUGGAAGCUGUCCCCUGGUGGUGCUCGUGCUUUUCUUUUCUUUUUAUCUAUUUCCUGCUUUUCACAUCCUAAUUUCAUUUCUUUCUCGGUGGUUUCACCAUCCCUUUUUGCUGUCACUGAUUAUACUAUCGGUGGUAUAUCUCUACCUCAAAGGUAGAAUAUCUACUUAUAGUAAUAGUAAUACUGGUUGCCUAUAUAAUGUAUAUAGGGUAAAGGAGGAAGGAAUCGACCUCCUUAUAUAGAGUAUUGAUCUCUACCACGUGAUAGCUACACGCUUACCACACUGUC